UAUUUUCAGUUAAGCCCCACUUAUUUUCACUCUCUGUCACCGUCACCCUAUUUUCCUUCAAACAAUUCGGCCCCCAUUCUUGAGGGUUUUUCUCUCCUCAACGUCUCAAAGUUUUUUCUUUCUGGAUUGAGCCCGCUUGCUGGAAGAUUUUCAAACGUACGGUUCGAAUUUCAUUGGUUCAAACCUAAAUUUAAGAAACCUUCUCCUAGUAUACAUAGUUUUUGGGGAUUUUUUUGGCUGGGCGAAUUUUGAGUUGAAAUCAUUGAUUUUCCUGCGUGCUGCUAUUAAUCGUGAAUGUUUUUUCUCGUCGGGGUUUAUUUUUGAGCUAGGUAGUGAAUUUGUGGAACUGAAUGCAUUUAUGUCUAUGGUUGCGAUUUGUUGGUGUAAACGUUUUAUGAAUAUUUAUUAGUAGGAUUUUAGCUGGGCAUUUAUCUGGUGAUGUUGUUCGCUGUUAUCAUUAUGCUUAUUAUGGCUAUUUAUAGUUUUUUCGCCUCCGUAGCUUGUGUGACAAUGUGAGCGAACUAUUCUGAUGGAUAAAAUGAAGCAAUAGGUAAUAUAUUAAACAGAGAGGAAUUUUGAAAGUAAUCUGUCAAAUGGUGAAAAUAUUAAAAUAAUCCCUUCUCCACCUUGUUACAAUAUGUAACAGGCAUGUGGAUCUUUGGUACUUCCCUUUUGUGGCUUUUUCCUUACAGCAUUCUGAAGAAAAGCUUGGUUGCCCCCCCCCCCCCCAUCGAGAUCCUCAAUCAUAACAAAUAGACACUAACCCUCAAUCUCACAUUUCAGCUCUGUCAUUUUUCUUAAGUUAACUAAGUUUUUGCUUCUAUGUACUUGUUGAACUAUGUUUCUUAAGGUUUCAGAUGCUUUACCUUUUCUUUUAGUUGAAUGAAGUUUUUGCAUCUAUGUGUUAGUUGGCAACAGGAGCAGUAAUUGUCACAACAGGGGGAUGGUGUCUUUCUUACCCGCUAGACCUCAGACUUCAGUAUAUUUUGGUUUUACAUUAUCCUGUGCCUAACCAUUGAAAUUAUAUGACAGUUCACUAUAAAAUAUUACAGUUUUUCUGUCUGAUAACCAAGUACUCCAUUAUUUUAUUUUCGUACUUUUAGUACCGUAAUUAGUCAAGUAUGCCGAGGGACCUACAUUUCGUAUUAGCCAUCUCCACCAUAAGAAAAAGACAUGAGGUUUACGAACAUCUAUAUUAGUCAUAUUAUUAUAGUACCUUUAACAUGUAUGGCAUUCAAAUUCCUAACUAUUAGGUCUUUGCAAUAAGCAAAUGAAAAUUGCAACUUGUGUACUUUUUUCAUGAGCAUGAUUUUUCUCAAUAGACUCUGGAAUUACUCCAAACUGGCAUACUUUGUAUCUAAAUUGCUGUUUUACAAGUUUAUUGUUGGUGAUCUUGUUCUUCUUCAUCUUCCCCGGGGUUCUCUUGGACUUACAAUGCAACUUGAACUGUAAUUUUAUGAGAAUAAUCCAGGGCACUUCAGAGCAUAAACAGUUUUGCGAAAAAUGGGUGAUGAAAAGUUUAAUGAGACAAUCCUUACUGAGAAAUUGUCUAAACUCAAUAGUUCUCAGCAAAGCAUCGAGUCUUUGUCCCGGUGGUGCAUUUCUCACCGUAAAAAGGCUAAGCAAGUUGUUGAAACAUGGGAGAAAUUAUUCAAAGCAGCACCAAACGAGCAACGCGUUUCCUUUUUAUACUUGUCCAAUGACAUCCUGCAAAAUAGCAGGCGCAAGGGCAGUGAAUUUGUCAAUGAAUUCUGGAAGGUUCUUCCAACAGCUCUAAAGAUAGUAAAUGAAAGUGGCAAUGAAAAUUGCAGAAAAGUUGCCUUCAGACUGGUUGACAUCUGGGAAGAAAGAAAGGUUUUUGGAUCUAGGGGACAAAAUCUGAAAAAUGAAUUGCUAGGGAAGAAUCCUUCUCCAGUCAGCAAUGGGAAGAUCGUAGUUCCUAAUCCUAUUAAGGUGGUGAAGAGAGAUGCUACAUCUCUCAGAAUCAAAUUAGCUGUUGGAGGUUUGCCAGAAAAGAUUUUGACUGCUUUGCAGUUGGUACAUGAUGAAGCUGUCUAUGAAGAAGCAGCCUUAGGAAAAUUUAAAAAAGCCAUUUCUUCUGUUCAAGAAAUCGAGAAAGAUGUUCUAUAUGCUUCUUCUCAAGGAAAUCUCAAUGGUUCUGAUGUUGAUAAUAUAGAGACGCAGGAGAAUGUUAUUAAACGAUGCAUUAACGAACUUGAAAAGUCUGAAGCAGUUAGAGUCGACCUUGUUUCUCGGCUUAGAGAAGCACUUCAGGAUCAGGAAACAAAGCUGGAGCAGCUUCGAAGUGUGAUAUCUGCUGGUCGUAGCCAGAUUGGGCAAGCAGCUAAUAUCAGACUCCAGCUAACAUCAAAAUCCUCUGUGCCACUGCUGGUGAACCAAGUAGUGAUCGAACCCCCUUUUCCUAGUGCAAUUCCAGCAACAAACAUUACUGUGCCUCCUACCAAUCCAUUGACUUCAUUUGCGAACCCUACCACGGAAGAGAGCAAGAAGGCUGCAGCUGCUGCAGUUGCUGCAAAACUCACUGCCUCAACAUCUUCUGCCCAGAUGCUCACAUCUAUUCUUUCAUCUCUCGUAGCAGAAGAGGCUGCAUCGAUGAGCAGUGGUUUGAAACGGCAGAAGCUUGAGCCACCGAUGUCAUUUUCUGAUGGGAAGAACCCCGAAGGAAUGAAUUCAACCUUGUUUCCGACUUCACAGCAGGCAAUGACCAGUAUGCCACCCGUUCAGUCCAGCACUGUGCAGACUGUUUCUCAGGUGAACCAACUGCAGGCCCAGCAGUUUCAUCCGCCUCCUCUGCCACCGCCGCCACCACUUGCACCUCCAGGUAAUUCCCCUUCAAAUCAAAUGGUCCAGUCUAAUAUGAUGGGGCUGACCUAUGGUUAUGGUGCAAACAACCUACUCCCUCCACCACUCUCAAAUGCACCAACAGGGUUUGCUAGGCCGAACCCUCCGCCUCAGCAAACACAACAGCAGCCACAAUCACAGCAACUGCAGCAGCUGCAGCAGCCAGCUAGUGGUGGAUACUACAGGCCUGUUGGUAUCGGAUUUUAUGGGCAAAGCCACCAGCCGCCAACGCCUCCCAUACAUCGACAGUGAGAUUUAUUGGUAAACGGUAGACCUUGUGUUAUUUUUGUACAUUAAUAUGCCUGUAAACCAUGGCUAAGGACCACAUUAAUAGCUAUAUAUUAGUGUACUAUCCUUCGGUCUGUGCCCUACCGUGUUAUUGAGUUCUCUAUGCGGCGGCAUGUGGCGUGGUACUUGUAGCUCAUGUAAAACUAAAUGUAGAAUUUAGUAGUAAUUUAAUCACAGAUGAACUAAACUACAAGACUCUUCAGUCUUCA